AUGGUCCGUCUGCGGGAGAUCCCAAGGACGGCCACCUUUGCCUGGUCUCCUGGGGCUGCAUCACCAUUGAUUGCCACUGGAACCCGGGCGGGUGCCGUCGAUGUUGAUUUCUCGAACAAGACAUGUCUUGAGCUUUGGGAUUUGAGUCUGGAUUGCCAGGAUGCCAGCGAGGAGCUGCAGCCGGUAGCUAAAAUCGACACCGAUUCUGGCUUCAAUGACUUGGCCUGGGCUGAGUUCGAUGAUACCAAACGGGGCGUCAUCGCAGGUGGUUUGGAGAAUGGCUCAUUGGAUCUGUGGAACGCCGAUAAGCUGCUUUCUGGGUCUAGCGAUUCGUUGAUUUCGAGAAACAAGGAUCACUCCGGCGCUAUCAAGGCCCUCCAAUUCAACCCUAAACACUCCAACCUCUUGGCCACCGGUGGUGCGAAGGGCGAACUGUUCAUUUCAGAUCUAAACAAUGUCGAGAACCCGUUCCGACUGGGUACAGCCGCAGCUCGCACCGACGAUAUCGAAUGUUUGGACUGGAACAAGAAGGUCGCGCACAUCCUGGUGACUGGCAGCAGCGCUGGCUUCGUGACCGUGUGGGAUGUCAAGACCAAGAAGGAGAGCCUGACUCUGAACAACAUGGGCCGGAAAGCUGUCAGCGCUGUUGCUUGGGACCCGGCGAAGCCCACCAAGCUGAUCACCGCCACCCCCCUCGAGUCAGACCCCAUGAUCUAUGUUUGGGAUUUGCGAAACUCUCACGCCCCCGAACGAACUCUGAAGGGCCACGAGUCUGGAGUGUUGUCCCUUUCUUGGUGCGACCAGGAUCCCGAUCUUAUGCUCUCGUCCGGCAAGGAUAAUCGCAACAUUUGCUGGAACCCCCAGACUGGCCAGGCCUACGGCGAGUUCCCCGUUGUCACGAACUGGACCUUCCAAACCCGCUGGAACCCGCACAACCCCAAUUUCUUUGCGACUGCCUCGUUUGAUGGCAGAAUCUCAGUCCAGACCCUCCAGAACACCAAGACUGACAAUGCCCAGGCUAUUGUUGACCACAACCAGGCCCUUGAUGGCGAGGACUUCUUUGCCAAGGCCCAAACACAGCCGCAAGUCUCCAAAUUCUCCCUGCCCAAGCCCCCGCGAUGGCUCGAACGGCCCUGUGGUGCCUCCUUUGGCUUUGGCGGUCGGGUUGUCUCUAUUGGUCUCGCUGAGAAGGGCUCUCGCGCAUCAAAGAUCAGACUCACUCCUUUUGAAGUUGACUCGAGUGUAGGCAAUGCUACAGAAAGCUUUGAGACCGCCUUGAAGGAAGGUGAUCUUCGGAGUCUCUGCGAAACUCGUGCCGCCCAGGCUUCGACCGAAGAGGAGAAGGCCGACUGGAAGGUCAUUCAGGCCUUGCUGUCUGAGAACCCCCGCAAGGGACUGGUGGAGUACCUGGGCUUCCAGGACUCGACCGAGGACGCCGCUGAUAGCCUGGCCAAGCUCGCCCUGGAUAAGAAGGAUGAUGAAGCGACCAAUGGAGUGGCUGAAAAGCCUAAAUCAAACGCUAAGAAGCACAAGCGUUUGCAAUCCAUGUUCGACGCAAACCCGGACAGUGACAACUUCUUGACGGAGUUGGCUGCCUCGAAGGGUGCCCAGACGAACAAUCCUUUCCAAAUCUUUAAUGGCUCCGAGAGUGAAGCAGAGCAGAAGAUUACCCGCGCCUUGCUCCUCGGCGAGUUCGAAAAGGCACUCGAUGUGGCCCUUGCCGAGGAUCGUAUGUCCGACGCCUUCAUGAUCGCCAUCUGCGGCGGCCAAAAGUGCAUUGAUAAGGCACAGGAGUACUACUUCUCCAAGCAGGCCGGCGGCCCCAACUAUAUGCGCCUGCUUGCUUCCAUUGUUGGCAAGAACCUUUGGGAUGUCGUGCACAAUGCUGACCUUUCGAACUGGAAGGAGGUGAUGGCCGCCCUGUGCACCUUCGCUGAUGAGAAGGAAUUCCCUGAUCUUUGUGAUGCUCUCGGUGACCGCAUUGAAGAGCAGGUUCGCAACUCUGACGACAAGGCCGCUCGUAAGGAUGCCUCUUUCUGCUUCCUCGCCGGUGCCAAGCUUGAGAAGGUUGUUUCUAUCUGGGUUGAGGAACUCCGUGAGAAUGAGCAGCGGGGAAUCGAGAAUGACACGGAUAACUCCACCUUCUCUAUCCACGUCCGCGCUCUGCAGGGCCUAAUUGAGAAGGUGACCAUCUUCCGCCAGGUCACCAAGUUCCAGGACACUGAACGGAUGAAGGAGUCGGAUUGGCGCCUCAGCAACUUAUACGAGAAGUAUAUCGAGUAUGCUGAUGUCGUCGCCACCCAUGGACGUCUGCAGGUUGCUCAGAAGUAUCUCGACCUUGUGCCUGCGAAGCACCCUGAGGCUGAGGUGGCUCGCAACCGUAUCAACCUGGCAAUGAGACAGGCACCGCAGAAGGUGCAGGCCGCUACAACUGCAAAAAGCUUCAAGCCUCUUCCUCAGCAGCCCAACCUCUACCAGCCCCAGCAGACCUUCUCAUCGGCAUCCCCUGCCGUGGGUGCGCAGAACCCUUAUACGCCCCCGACACCCGCUGUUGCUCCUGCGCAGCCACCAGUGAGCUCGUAUGCUCCCCCGGCUGGCUCCCCAUCCCAGCCUGCCAACCCGUACGCUUCGCUCGGCGGUGCUGGCAGCGGUGGCUACACACCAGCCGGAUACCAGCCAACCCAGGGGAUGCGAGCCCCAGCCUACGGUCCUCCGUCUGCAUUCGGUGGACAACCUGCCGGUGUCGUUCCGCCUCCUCCGCGCGCAGGUACCCAGUCGCCAGGUAACACCAUUACCACUUACACCACCGCUACGGGCCUUCCUGCAUGGAAUGAUUUGCCAGAGGGCUUCGCCAAAACCGUCUCGCGUCGUAGCACUCCUGCCGCUGCCGCCUCUACUAUCAGCUCUCCAUUCCCUAACCAGUCUCCUACCCUCACUCAAGGUCCUCCGCCACCAGGAGCACCAUUUUCUGGACCCCAGCGUGCGCCUUCUGUUCCACCUCCACCCAAGGGAGGUGCUCCUCCUCGCGUGAUGUCGCCUCCCACAUCGAGCGUGCCUCCCGGCGCAUCUCCGCCCCCUCCAGUCAACCCUUAUGCCUCGCUGCCCCAGUCUCCUCCUACGUCGACUAUGGCUCCUCCGGCAUCAAUCCCUCGUGGGCCGUCGCCGUACAAUGCCCCACCUAGCAUGCCGCCGCCAACCAACCGGUACGCCCCAAGCCCGGCUGCUCAGGCCCCAGGCCCGCAAUUACAGACUCGCGCGCCAGUGCCGCCUCCUCCCCAUGGUGGUCCCUCGCCGUAUGCUCCCCAAGCCGCGGCGCCGCCACCUCCAGCGGGAAACCCGUACGCACCAAGCGGGCCUGCUGUUGUUCAGCCUCCUCCCAUGGCUUUAGCCUCAGUCCCCCCUCCGCCCCAGGGAUCUCGGCCCGGCACAGCUCAGUCUUCAAGGGCGGUUGCUCCUCCCCCCGCGACUCCCAAGUACCCCCCUGGUGACCGAUCCCAUAUCCCUCCCAACGCAUUGCCUAUCUACGAGAUCCUCUCGUCAGACAUGCAGCGCGUCAAGGCUCGCGCACCCACAUCGUUCAAGGCACAGGUUGAGGAUGCUGAGCGCCGCUUGAACAUCCUCUUUGACCACCUGAACAAUGAGGAUCUGCUCAAGCCCAACACCGUGGAAGACAUGGCCAACCUGUCCCGCGCUAUCCAGUCCAAGGACUAUGAGACCGCUCGCCUUGUCCACCUCGACAUCAUGACUAACCGGACGGAGGAGUGCGGCAACUGGAUGGUCGGUGUCAAGCGUCUGAUUGGUAUGAGCAAGGCUACACCAUAG